AUGCUUAUUAAUAAUGAAAAUAAAAUAAAAUACUUAAAAGAUAUUUUAUAUAGAGAAAAAAAUAAAAAAAUAUAUAAAAAUAUAUAUUACACAAAUAAGAAUAAAUAUCGCUUAAAAAAUAUAGGUUAUUCAAAAAAUAUAUAUUAUAAUAAUACAUACAAAGAAAGGAUCGUUUUUUUAUAUAAAAAUAAAACAUUGAUACAGAUAAUUGGAGCUAUAAAAUCAGAAAAAUGUAUUUUUUUACAAAAUUAUAAACAAAAUGAAUUAUGUAAAAGCGUAGAACACAAUCAAUAUACUGAUACUCAACAAAGAGAUGAAAUAAAUAAUGGAGACCAACACAUUUUAAAAGGUAAAGCAAAAUGGAAUAAAACAAAUGAGUGUGUAGCUAAUACAAACAAAUUACGGAAUAACAAGUUAAAAUCAGAGAUAACAGAAAGUAAAAAAAUGAUUAUUAUUAAUAAAUAUAUAGAAAGACAUGAACAAAAUGAAAAUAAAAAAAAUAAGCUAAUAAUAAAAUAUGAAUUAACAAAUUUGAAUAAUAUUAUGUUAAUAUUGAAAAAAUGCCAAGAAUAUAAUUAUAUAAAUUAUGCACUAUUUGAAGACAUAAUAAAUAAGCUAAUAUCAUACACAAAAGAAGAAAAUAAAAAUGUAAACAAAAGUGUAGAUGUAGAUGCAGAUGCAGAUGCAGAUGCAGAUGCGAACAAAAGUGUAGGUGUAAACAAAAAUGUAGAUACAGAUGCAGGUGCAGGUGCAGAUGUAAACAAAUUAAUAGCAAUUUCUAAAAUUUUGGCAAAUUUGAAGUAUCAUAAUGAAAAAUAUAACAAUUAUUUAUUUAUGUUUUUAAUUAGUAGACAAAUAAUAACGAAUACAGAUCUAAUAGAUAUAUUAUAUAUAUUAAAAAAAAAUGAAAAUAAAAUAAAUAAUUUAUCUGCAUUAUUAAUAUAUAGAAUAAAUUUUAUAAUUAUUCACAGACUAUAUUCUUUUUCCUUAAAUAAUUUAUAUAAUAUUUUAAAUUUUUAUAUAAAACUAAAUAAAUAUAUUUCUAUAUUUAAAGAAAAAGAAAAUGAUACAUUUAAAAAAGGUCAAAUAAUUUAUAACACAUUAUUAAAUAAUGAAAACAAACAAAUUUACGAAAAUAAAUUUGUUAAAUCUUUAGAAAAUUAUGAACAUUUUUAUCAUAUUAAAAAUUAUACUAUAAAUAAUUAUAAAUAUAAAAAAACUAUAACCAAAAAAAAUUCUAUCAAUUUUAUAUUUCGUUUAAUAAAUCUUUUAAAUAAAAACAAAAUUAAUGUAGAUCAAUUAUUUCGGGUAAUACAUAUCCCAGAUUGUCUUAAUAACCUUUUUUAUAUCUAUAUAACGAAUAAAAUAAGCGAUUUUUGUAUAAGAAAAAUAAAAAUUGAAUAUAUAAUUUAUAAUAGAGAUGAACGAAAGCGAUUAUACAUACUAAGAGACAAAUUUUUGCAAAAAAGACAAUCUCUAAUUUGUAAAACUGAGCAAGCCCGCUGUUCCCCAAGUCAAAACGUUGGAAAGGUUGAAAAGGUUGAAAAUGUUGAAAAGGUUGAAAAUGUUGGAAAGGUUGAAAAUUUGGAAAAUUUCGAAGGUGGGCCUAACGUAGUUGCCAGAUCCAAACUAAUGCAACUCAGUUUGAUAAACAAAAUGAAAAAGAAAAAAAUAGAUGCAAGAAUGUUUGUACCCCUUUUAAGGUUGCAUAAUACAAAUAAUAUCACAUGCAGUAAUAAGAUGAUUGAUUUUUUUUGUUACACAUAUAAAUAUAUGAAUAUAAUUUUUAAUCCAAAAGGACUAAUUAUAACAUUCAAUAUUUUAUCCAAAAUUUGUAAAAAAAUAAAUAGUAAUGUUUUAUAUAUGAUAACAAAUUUGAUAGAACAAAAAAUAAAUUAUUUUGAUCAUGAAGAUAUAAUAAAUAUAUUAGAUAGUUAUUCAAAUAUACCAAAUGAAAAAAUAAAAAAAAAUAAUUUAAAUUUUAUAAUACGUUUUUUAUUUAAUAAUAAUAAAAUAAUUUAUUUAAAUGAUACACAAAUUCAAAAUUUAUUAAAUCUUAUUAUAAAAAAAAAAAUAUAUAUUAAUUAUGAUGUCAUAUAUUAUAUAACACAUUUUAUUUUAAAUCAUAAACCUUAUUAUAAAAAUAUAAAAAAUGUCUAUUUAUAUUUAUUUUAUCAUUUUCAUUUUAAUCAAAUAAAUUAUAAUUUUUUAAAUUUUUUAUAUCUUUAUAUAAUAACUAAUAAAAAAUAUAUUGAAAAUUUUGAAGACCUAAAUAUGUUUAUUUCAUCAACAAUAGUUAUACCAAAAAAUAUAAAAUAUUCUAAAAAAAUAAAUAAAAUAAUUAAUAUAUCAGCAUUAAAACAUUUAAAAUGUAUCAAUAGUACUAUCCAAUCUACGUUAUUUCUAAAUAACUUAAAGAAUAUCGUUAAUUUCAUUUUUUACUUAAACAAAUCUAUAUCGAGCAAUAUUUAUGUAAAUAAUUCGAUCGUGCUAAAUGAGUAUGGGGUAACAAAAUGGGAAAAUAAAAAUAAACAAAAUAAACAAAAUAAACAAAAUAAAAAUAAAAAAAAUAAACAAAAUAAACAAAAUAAACAAAAUAAACAAAAUAAACAAAAUAGUGGAAAGUAUAGCGGACAAAAUGGUGGUAUGAGAGUUUAUUUUUCGCAAAACAGCUUUAAUGAGCAGUACUUAAUAACAACAUCAUUUAACGUAAAAAUUUUAGUUUAUAUUAAAAAUAUAUUUUACAAUUUUUUAAAUAAUGAAAAAAAUAAUCUAAUAAAUAAUGAGGUAUUAUAUUUUUUGUUAAAAGGGAUAACAAAUUUAUAUGAAUUAAAAAAAAAAAUAAAUAUACACACAAAUAAUAAAUACACAUAUUUUUAUAUAAAUCAAAAAGGAAUUUGCAAAAAAAGUAAAAUUAUAAAUAAUUAUAUUUUAAGGAUUAUUCAUGAUAUUAAUAUAAAAAUAUUAUCUUUUUUAUCUCAAAUUUCUUAUAAAAACUAUUUUUUAAAUUCAGUUAUGAUAAAAAAUUGUUAUACUUUUGACCAAAUUAAUAAACAAAAUAAUGUUUUAUCUCACAUUCAAAAUUGUAUCAAUCAAGAAAAACAAGAUCUCCAAAAUAUUUUAAGAUAUUCUCUUUUUUCUACCUUUUUAAGUUGCUACAAAAUUGGCGAAAUCUCCUUGCCCCUCUUUUCUGUCGCCUUUGGAAAUGGCGGCAAUAAAAAUGGUGACAAUGAUAAUGGCCAAUCGGAACACAUCGAAAAUCGAAAUCGAAUCGACAAAUUAGAGCUUGCGCUAAUGAAAAAAAUACUGUCUGGAAUGAAGAUCAAAACAGAAGAAAUGAAAAAAGAGAAUUUAUUUACAAUUAUGUACAGUGAAAAAAAAAGAAAAAAAAUUAGCUCUAAAAAAGUUAUAAAAAACAUGAUUUUAAGUUAUAAAUAUGGUGAAUAUAAUUAUUUAAAAAAAUAUAAAUAUAAGAAAAAUGUGUAUGUUAAUAAAAUAUUAAAAAAUAUAAACAAAAAAGCUUUAAGACGAAAAAUUAACAAAAUAGACAAUGAAUUAAAAUUAUAUAGUGAUUUAAAAAAUGUUAAUAAAUAUAAUAAAAUGUUUAUUUUUAAAUUUUGUAAAAAUAAAAUAAAAACAACAAAAAAUAAGCUUAUAUUAAAAAAUAAUAUCAAAAUAAUAUCACAUAUAGAAUCAAAUCAAAUUAUCGAAUUAUUAAUUAGCAUUCUUACUUUAUCUAUUCGAUAUAUUCUACGGAAUAAAUCUUAUCAAAAUAUAUGUUACAAUAAUGAUUACUUAAAAACAUGUGAAAAAUUAAUAACAUAUUUAUUAAAUUAUAUGAUGAUAUUAAAAAAGCCUCAACCAGUUAAUUUGAAUUAUGAUAUAUAUUUAAAAUUAAAUUUUUGUAUAGAAUUAUUCAAGUAUGUAUUCCCAAAAUUAUAUCAAAAUUAUAUUUAUAUAUUAACAUAUUGGAAAAAAAUUAUAAAUAAAAAUUUAUCAAAUAAAAAAACGUUUAGAAAUUAUUUUGAAUACAUUAAAAGUGAAGAAAUAAGUCCAUGCGAAAAGUUAGCUAUCAACAAUUCGCAAGAUGUAAAUUUAGGCAAUCUAGAAAAGUUGCACAAUAAUGACAAUAAUGAUGAUAAUGAUGAUGAUAAUGAUGAUAAUAAUGAUAAUAAUAAUAAUGACAAUAAUGACAAUAAUGAUGAUGAUAGCCAACUUAGCUUGAGCAAAAAUAGCUUUUUGAAUUUGUUGAAUUUUUUAAAUUAUCCAUGUAUAUCUCAAACAAAAUAUAAAUAUAAAUUAAGGGAUAAUACCAAUUAUAUAUUUGAAAAUAGUUUUUUUUUUAAACAAGCUAGUAGUUAUAAAAAUAUAACACAUCAUAAUAUAUACGAAUAUUAUAGACAUUUACAAAAUAGUUCGGAUAAACUUUAUAAUUUUUUUAUUAAUUUAAAAGAAAAAUUAAAAAAAAAAAAACGAAAAAAAAAAAAAAAUAUAUUUGUUAAUUCAAAAUUGAGAAAAAUAAAUAAUAAUUUUAAAUUUGUAUUUCCCUCUAAUUGUCUUAAUAUAAUUAAUGUAGAAAAAAUUUAUUUAUUUCAUAACCAUUUAAUAAAGGUUGAUAUAAAAAAAAAUAACAAAACAUCAAAUGUUAACACAUUUAUAUUUUGUUUAUAUUCAUCUUUUAAUCUAAAUAAUGUUGUAAAAACGAGUACACAUUUUUCUAAAAUUGAAAAUCAACCCAGCCAAACCUUUCUUCAGCGAGAUUUUUUUUUAUUCUUAUUUUUGGCUCGUAUUAUGCUAGACCAGCGAUAUGACAGGUAUGACCUUAUUUCCAUACACUCGGAUAGUUUAAACAGUAGCCACCAAAAAAAACGUUUAUAUUCCCAUUUAUUGGGAAAAUUGUACACAUAA